AUGUCUCCGAGCAGUAAAACGGGAGUUUUCUUGCCCCUGUUUCUAGCGUUGACUAUGGUGGUCAACGGGAGAUUCUACGUGGAGAAGAGCAGCGUGACGGUCCUUAACUCAUGGGAAAUGGGAGCUAAGCACGACGCAGCCAUCGCAGACUUUGGCAUCCCAAACCACGGCGGUUUCAUGAUCGGCUCCGUCGUCUACGCAGGCCAAGACGCUUACGGAUGCGACUCCUUCAACAAAACUUUCAAGCCCAAGUCUUCUUAUCCCACCAUCCUCCUCAUUGACCGUGGAGUGUGUAACUUUGCUUUGAAGAUAUGGAACGGGCAACGAUCCGGUGCAGCGGCUGUUCUUAUAGCAGACGACAUUGCUGAGCCAUUGAUAACAAUGGAUUCACCAGAGGAAUCCAAACAUAAAGAUCCUGACUUUAUAGAAAAAAUCAACAUCCCAUCAGCUCUGAUCCUUCGCUCUUUCGGAGAUAACCUCAAGAAAGCUCUUAAAAGAGGAGAAGAAGUGAUCUUGAAGAUAGACUGGAGUGAGUCUAUACCAAACCCUGAUGAGAGAGUCGAGUAUGAGCUAUGGGCUAACACUAACGACGAAUGUGGCGUACACUGCAAGGAACAGAUGGAUUUCAUCAAGAACUUCAAAGGAACGGCUCAGAUUCUCGAAAAGGGCGGUCACACUCUGUUCACACCUCAUUACAUUUCUUGGUUCUGUCCCAAGGAGCUUCUACUUAGCAUGCAGUGCAAGACUCAGUGUAUAAACCAAGGGAGGUAUUGUGCUCCUGACCCUGAGCAAGACUUUGAAGAUGGAUACAGUGGGAGAGAUGUCGUUUACGAGAAUCUUAGACAGUUGUGUGUUCAUAUAGUAGCUAAGGAGAAGAACAGUUCUUGGGUCUGGUGGGAUUAUGUGACAGAUUUUAACAUCAGGUGUUCUAUGAAGGAGAAGAGAUAUAGCACAGAAUGUGCAGAGACUGUUGUGGAAUCUCUAGGUUUGUCUCUUGAGAAGAUGAAGAAAUGCAUUGGUGAUCCUGAUGCUGAUGAAGAGAACCAAGUUCUUAAAGCCGAGCAGGCUUUUCAGUUAGGUCAAGAGAAUCGUGGGGUUGUCACAAUCUUUCCAACUUUGAUCAUCAACAAUGCUCAAUAUCGAGGUAAACUGGAGAGAACAGCAGUGUUGAAGGGUAUAUGUUCAGGAUUCAAGGCGAGGACCGAGCCUUCGAUAUGUUUGAGUGCAGAUGUAGAAACCAAUGAGUGUCUUGAAGCAAACGGAGGAUGUUGGCAAGACAAAAGAUCAAAUGUAACUGCUUGCAAGGACACAUUUAGGGGAAGAGUAUGCGAGUGCCCUGUUGUUGAUGGUAUUCAAUAUAAAGGAGAUGGUUAUACAUCUUGCAAGCCUUAUGGACCUGCGAGAUGUUCCAUGAAUGAAGGAGGUUGCUGGUCUGAAACCAGAAAGAAUCUAACCUUCUCUGCUUGUUCUAACUCGGAGACAUCAGGAUGUCGUUGCCCUCUAGGCUUCCAUGGAGAUGGUCUUAAAUGUGAAGACAUUGAUGAAUGCAAAGAGAAAUCAGCUUGUCAAUGUGCUGACUGCAAAUGCAAGAACAAUUGGGGAGGAUAUGAAUGCAAAUGCUCUAUCAACAGUCUCUAUUUGAAAGAACAAGACACUUGUAUCGAGAGAGGAAGUGGAUCAAGAAGCACAUGGUUGUUGAUAACUGUGGGUCUAACCGCCAUUGUAGGCAUCUCUUUAGCUGCUUAUAUAUUAUUCUACAAGUAUCAUCUUAAGUCUUACAUGGAUUCAGAGAUCGUGUCUAUGAUGUCUCAAUACAUACCACUCGAUAGCCAAAAACAUUAA